AUGUCAGACGAGAAGAUGAGAUCCUCUGUAGAGGCGUCGCGCGACACAGCCCUGCCUGUGCUCCCGACUGUCAACCCAGAGGCGCAGAAGCCCCAGCCCGAGGCGCCAUCUUUCCAUCCUGCAGUAUACAUUGCAACAUGGAUCACUCUCAGUUCCAGCACAAUCGUCUUCAACAAGUACAUCCUAGAUACAGCCAAGUUCCACUUUCCCAUUUUCCUGACAACAUGGCAUUUGGUAUUUGCGACCGUUAUGACCCAGAUCCUCGCCCGCUUUACCACCGUCCUCGACUCGAGGAAAAAGGUGCCCAUGACCGGACGCGUAUACCUGCGAGCCAUCGUUCCCAUCGGUAUCUUCUUCAGUAUGAGCUUGAUCUGCGGUAACCAGGCAUACCUCUACCUGAGUGUGGCUUUUAUCCAGAUGCUCAAGGCUACUAUGCCCGUUGCCGUCCUUCUCACCACCUGGGGUCUUGGAGUUGCGCCUGUCAACCUGAAGACGCUCGGAAACGUGUCCUUCAUCGUUAUUGGUGUCGUCAUUGCCUCCAUGGGAGAGAUUCAAUUCGUCAUGAUCGGUUUCCUCUUCCAGUGCGCUGGUAUCGUUUUCGAGGCUGUCCGUCUGGUCAUGGUUCAGCGCCUGCUCAGCGGUGCCGAUUUCAAGAUGGACCCGCUCGUCUCCCUCUACUACUACGCCCCUGCUUGCGCUGUCAUCAACGGAUUCAUCUUGCUCUUCACCGAGCUUCCCCAGAUGACCAUGGCUGAUGUGGACCGUGUUGGUCUUAUGACUCUGUUGGCCAACGCAUCUGUUGCUUUCCUGCUCAACGUCUCGGUCGUUUUCUUGAUUGGCAAGACCUCCUCGCUCGUCCUUACCCUUUCCGGUGUACUCAAGGACAUCCUCCUCGUCUUUGCCUCCAUGUUCCUCUUCAAGGACCCCGUCACCCCUCUCCAGGCUUUCGGUUACGCUAUUGCGCUUGGUGGUCUUGUGUACUACAAGCUCGGCGGAGAGAAGUUGAAGGAGUACCUCGGCCAGGGCAGCAUGAAGUGGCAGGAGUUUGGCCACACCAGACCCGUUCUCCGCAAGUUGAUGGUCUUCGCUGCUGUUGUCAUCGGCAUGUUCCUCGUUCUUGGUUCUCUCGGACCCCGCUACGCUCCCGACUCGACCAACCAGGUCUACAACGGUAUCGGCAAGCUCAUCGGCGACAAGGCUACUAAGCGGCAUGCAUGCUGGGCCACUUCGCUCCUGCCGGGUGGAGUUUUCGAGUUCUCGCUUCGCACGGGCCACACCACGCCAAGGAGCUCUUUCCUGCCAAAUUCGAUUUCACGAACUUCGCUCUCUCCCUCAGUCGUUACUAACCCACAGCACAACACGCUCAAAAUCAGUCAAGAUGGGAAUCGACCUCGACCGCCACCAUGUUCGAGACGGGCACCGCAGUAUACGCAACAUGAAGCCUUCGAGAGAAGAGAGAUUGACGAGUAUACAGAGGUCCCUAAGUCCACCAACCCCUACGUCAGGCUGUUGGUGCGCCUGUACAAGUUCCUGGCUCGCCGUACCGAUGCCAACUUCAACAAGACCGUUCUGCGACGCCUCAUGAUGUCGAAGACCAACCGUCCCCCGGUCUCUGUCUCCAAGAUCGUCGCCAACGCUGCCAACAAGCACUCCGCCAAGGAGCACGAGGGCAAGACCGUCGUUGUCGUCGGUACCGUCACUGACGACAACCGCAUGCUCGAGGUCCCCAAGCUCUCCGUUGCGGCUCUCCGCUUCACCGCCUCUGCCCGCGCCCGCAUCGAGAAGGCCGGUGGUGAGUGCCUCACCAUCGACGAGGUCGCUACCCGCUUCCCCACUGGAUCCAACACCCUCCUUCUCCGUGGACCCAAGAACGCCCGUGAGGCCUUCAAGCACUUCGGCUUCGGUCCCCACUCCCACAAGAAGCCUUACGUCGAGAGCAAGGGUCGCAAGUUCGAGCGUGCCCGUGGACGCAGAAGGUCGCGUGGUUUCAAGGUUUAA